GUGCGGUCAGCGGAGGUACAGAGAAAAACCGCGGACUGGGGGCCGGAGGGACAGGUUUGUGUGUUGUGUGCAUUCAGCAGGCGGAGCCUCCCGCGCCGAGACCCGGCUGCGUAAGGCCGGAGGCCGGAGCAAUCUUAAUAUACCCACCUUGCCAUGGCCGAAGUCCCUGCUCUGUUCACCUUAAUCUGCUGAUCGGUACUUACUGUUCAACUUUUGCCAAACUGGUCUGUGCCCUGUAAAUACCUGUUGAAAUGAAAUGCACAAUGAAAACAAUGAAGAACUUGCUGAGUCAGAUUUUAGUGAAAAAGCAUUGACCUAGGAGUCAAGACCCACCUCUUCACUAAUCUGAUAUUGUGCAAGUCAUCUUACUUUUCUGCAUCUCAGUUGCCUGAUCUGUAAAAAAGGAGAUAAAAAUUCUUUACCUAUCUGAAGAUGAUGUGGAGGACCAUCUUACUACGAUAUUGUUUUCUCUUGGUUUCCUGUCUACUUAAUGCUCUUGAAGCUGUGCCUAUAGACAUAGACAAGACAAAAGUAAAAAAUACUCAACCUGUGGACAGCGCAAAGAUAGAACCACCAGAUACUGGACUUUAUUAUGACGAAUAUCUUAAGCAAGUGAUUGAUGUGCUGGAAACAGAUAAUCAUUUCAGAGAAAAGCUCCAGAAAGCAGACAUAGAGGAAAUAAAGAGUGGGAGGCUAAGCAAAGAACUGGAUUUAGUAAGUCACCAUGUGAGGACAAAACUUGAUGAGCUGAAAAGGCAAGAAGUGGCAAGGUUAAGAAUGCUAAUUAAAGCUAAAUUGGAUUCUCUUCAAGAUACAGGCAUAGACCACCAUGCUCUUCUAAAACAAUUUGAUCACCUAAACCACCUGAACCCUGACAAGUUUGAAUCUACAGAUUUAGAUAUGCUCAUCAAAGCGGCCACAAGUGAUCUAGAACACUAUGAUAAGACUCGACAUGAAGAAUUUAAAAAAUAUGAAAUGAUGAAGGAACAUGAAAGGAGAGAAUAUUUAAAAACACUGAAUGAAGAAAAGAGAAAAGAAGAAGAAUCUAAAUUUGAAGAAAUGAGGAAAAAGCAUGAAAAUCAUCCCAAAGUUAAUCAUCCAGGAAGCAAAGAUCAACUAAAAGAGGUAUGGGAAGAGACUGAUGGAUUGGAUCCUAAUGACUUUGACCCCAAGACAUUUUUCAAAUUACAUGAUGUCAAUAAUGAUGGCUUCCUGGAUGAACAAGAAUUAGAAGCCCUAUUUACUAAAGAGUUGGAGAAAGUAUAUGACCCCAAAAAUGAGGAGGAUGAUAUGAUAGAAAUGGAGGAGGAACGGCUUAGAAUGAGGGAACAUGUAAUGAAUGAGGUUGAUGCUAACAAAGACCGAUUAGUGACUCUGGACGAGUUUUUGAAAGCUACAGAAAAAAAGGAAUUCUUGGAGCCAGAUAGCUGGGAGACAUUGGAUCAGCAACAGCUCUUUACAGAGGAAGAACUGAAAGAAUAUGAAAAUCUUAUCUCCUUACAAGAAAAUGAACUUAAGAAAAAGGCAGACGAACUUCAGAAACAAAAGGAAGAGCUACAGCGUCAGCAUGACCAACUUGAGGCUCAGAAGCUGGAAUAUCAUCAGGUUGUACAGCAGAUGGAACAAAAAAAAUUACAACAAGAAAUUCCUCCAUCAGGGCCUGGUGGAGAAUUGAAGUUCCAGCCACACAUUUAAAGUCCGAAGUCCACCAGAACUUGGAAGAAAACUGUUAAAUCAACAUCUGUGUCAUCUUUUUACCACCCUUCCUUUUUUUUCUGCUCAAUAAAUAUUUUAAAGCAUA